CAUCGGUAUCGGCAGUCGGGCUGUUAGUAUCGGCAGAGCUCCGCAGCAGUAGUAGUGAUGGUUCUCAUCAAAGAGUACCGUGUGGUUUUGCCCAUUACUGUUGAAGAGUAUCAAGUGGGACAGUUGUACUCCGUGGCUGAAGCCAGUAAAAAUGAGACAGGCGGAGGUGAGGGUAUUGAGGUUUUAAAGAAUGAGCCCUAUGAAAAAGAUGGUGAGAAAGGACAAUAUACACACAAAAUCUACCACCUAAAGAGUCGAGUCCCUGGUUUUGUCAAGCUUGUGGCACCUGAAGGUUCUUUGGUGUUUCAUGAAAAAGCCUGGAAUGCUUAUCCUUACUGCAGAACAAUAGUGACAAAUGAGUAUAUGAAGGACAACUUUGAGAUUAAGAUUGAAACAUGGCACAAACCAGACACUGGAUCACAUGAAAAUGUGCAUGGUUUGGACAAAAACACUUGGAAAGGCAUACAGGUUGUGAACAUCGACAUUGCAGACAGACGUCAAGUGGAAGACAAGGACUACAAGCCUGAUGAAGACCCUGCCAUUUUCAAGUCUGUGAAGACUGGCAGAGGACCUCUCGGGCCAAAUUGGAAGAAAGAGCUAGCGACGAAGACGGACGGCCCAAAGAUGUGCGCCUACAAACUGGUGACAGUCAAAUUCAAGUGGUGGGGAUUACAAAGUAAAGUGGAACCCUUCAUCCAUAAGCAAGAAAAAAGGAUUUUCACCAACUUCCACCGCCAGCUGUUCUGUUGGCUUGAUAGGUGGGUGGAGCUGACAAUGGAUGACAUCCGUCGAAUGGAGGACGAAACGCAGAAAGAGCUGGAUGAGCUCCGCAAACGUGGUUCUGUACGAGGGACCAGCGCUGCAGACAACUGAGACGAGGCGCAAAGCUUUUGGAGAAUCACAAUGACUGCAGCAAUGGAGACUCUUAAGGUUCUUUGGGUGCCAAUUUUUACUUUCAAUGAUUGUGGUUAUGGGGCGGGUGGGCUGGAGGUCAUAUACAAACUGAUUUCUAUAAAGCAAUUCUGACCUAGGUGAUAUGUAUGACUCAGGAUUUUUGAUUGCUCAGGUCAAAAUUGAGUUUGAGCAUUGUAUUACUGAGACUUCUUCUGGAUUUAUUUGAAGAAGAAAUGUUACACGAGCCAUUUCAUUGGCUUGAUUCCACAAUAACAAAUUGUUGAACCAAAUGCAUUGUGCAUCUUUUUGCUGUUUGUUCAUGUUGUCUCCAACAAAACAUUCCUGUUACCGCUGUUCCCUCUUUGACCUCUGUUCAUCAUUCUUUUUUUUUUUCUGUAUGUACGUGGUUUGCAUUCCCUGGCAUGAGUUUUCUGUUUGUCAUACUCAUGUUCCUUCCUGCCACAGCUCCAUUAAGAGAUUACUGACACCCUUGGCGCCUUGGCCCAUUGUAAUCCCUCCCCCAUCACCCCACCCUCCUCAAAGCACUGCAUCUUAUUAGCACUGACAAUCAUGCCCACACAGGUACUCACUCUCACUCCAAACAUACUUAAUGGAAACACACAGGUUUAUGUUGCACCCAUGAGCACGGACGUGUGAAAUCAUACUGACGCACACAGUCACUCGCAGGUGCAGAUGCCUUUUGAGUGACUGAGCUCUGAAAAGCUGCAAGUGGGCAGAUCCAUGCAAGCUCCUUCAGCUAAAUAACUUUGGAAACGUUGAGUGUUUACUGUCCCUCCAGUACACAUACUGAAAGUGUUCACGCAUAUGUUACAUAUAAUACAGUGGACACCAGAGUAAAAGUGCACUGAAAAAGCUGCCACAGGUGGCGCUGCAGCCAUUCGGCCUCUGUCACGUGUCAUGGCGUAGUACUGUUCACUGUAGAUGCCAGUCUCACUCCUGUUUCUCCACAGUUGUGUGCAUUUCCUGACUGUGAGGCCUUUUCACAGUCGCUGACUGGUUGACUGUUUUCCACACGUGUCUACAGAAUCACUCCAGCCUUAACUGUGCCUCAUCAAAGCCAGCACUGCACACAGUGUGCCUUCAUGUCUUGGAUCUGUUUUUAUGUGGAACUACUCUUCUAUCUACCUCCUGUGGUUCAGAUCUGGUGCUCUUCCUAAAAAGACUCCUUAAUGGUAAGCACUAGCCAUUAGCUAGUUUAGCAGUACAUCUGUUUGUUCACUAUAAAGCAGUCACUUGUAAUAAUUAAGUGUAAUUUCUUAAAGAUGUAAACGUGUUUAAGCUCGGACUGCUGAUUGACAGCAGACGUGUGCCUCUGUGGGAUGGCUGUUUGCCGUGAUGCUUUCUUGAUGUCUCAACUCCACAAUGUACUCCCUGUGCCCAGGGAAGGGACGGAUCAUUAUUCCGAAGGUCCAUUGGACUGAAGGUCCCUAAAGAAGGUUGGUCAGCUGGGUAGCUAGCAGGCUAACAGCAUGCAACAACAGCAGUGCUACAAAGAAAAUGAUUAAAAACAGCAGCGACAUCUUUCCGGUUUAAAUUUUAGGAUUUGAAAUUUUCCCCAUGAUAUGUCCUCAUUUAGUGUCUGGUCUGGCAGCAAGGAAGUGCUAAAGCUCCGGAUGUCUGCCUACACUUCUCCUCAUCCUCCGCUUAGGCGGUUGUUGGUCAGGCAUUAUUGCCACCUCGAGCCUGAUGGACCUUUGGACCAGUGGGCCUUCAGAAUCUUGAAUAGUCACCACCCAGGGAUUGGUAAUGCUAAUCUUGGCACGCUUGCUUAUCUAGCGCAGUCGCAACCUGGAUAAUAAGUUGGGAAUUAACUGAUGCAAAUAUAUUUGCAGUUAUACCCAUAUUCCACAGAGCACCGUUCCUUCCCGUUUCAUCCCUAAUAGCAAAUCAGGGAGCGUUUUGAAGCAUCUCAGUAAUUCCUUGAUCCAUCUUUUUUUCAGUCUUGAACAAACUUGGUAUAUGCAGUAAUUACGGCCAUCAUCAGUACCAGUUUUGAAAUCGGGGUGAAAUUUUCAUGCUGUUCAAAAAUUUCAUCCUGUUUCACCAAAUCUGCGUCACGUCUGGGUGUUUGUAGUCUUAACAGCUUCAGUCAUGUUCAUCUUUAAACAGGAUAGUCCUGGUGAAUACAGCUUGACACCUGUUUGUGUUCCGUUAGGGUAAAAAUUUGAAGCAAAAACAGCAUUUGUUGCUGUUCUGAGAAUGCUUUACUUUCAUUUUCGAGCUAGUUGCCAGGUCUGCACUUUUAUAAGCCAGCCUGAUAGGAGUCAUGCUGGAGUAAGCCCGUUUUUAUGGAUAGUGAAGGAUUAUAAUAGAAUGGUGCCCUGUGGGAUAGGGGUGUUAUUCAGUGUUGUGUUAUAAUUGACUACAUACAAUAUCCAUCCCCUUUUGGGUCUUUUUUUUUUUUUGUACAGCAGGAUUUUGUACAUUUGGUUUGUGUUGCUUACUAGCUAAUGUGCUGUCUCUAUUUUGGAUGCGAUUUACUUUAUUUGGCUCGUAUGAGCAGUAUUAAUUCAGCUUGGGGUUGGACUUUGUUGUGACAAGUUUACCAAUGAUGAACUCGAUAGGAAAGAAAAAUAGUCCUGUCGUCAAUCAAAUAUAUUUUGCCACCUUGAUUAAAUCUGUAGGGUGUUUUUUUAAGUGAAUUACAGUGAGGUUAUUUGAAAGUUGCUAUAAAUUUCACUGCUAAAAAGGCCCAUCUGAUCAACCUGCUUCAGAAUCAGGUGGCAGUGGCCAACAGUAUUGAUCAUCAUUAGUGUUGCAUUUGUGCACAGUAAUGAGUGCAUUUGAGUAUUAGCAUCACAGAUAUUGUACAACUGGAUUUUUCUUUAAAAAAUUAUUUAAUAUCAGCACAGUUACCGUAUGCUUUCCCUUCCAUUCAAGACUCUAGCUCCUCCCCCUCCAUUUUAUGAGGCAGCCUUACAACUUUCUCAAUAAUCAGUUGUUUUGUUUAAAGACUCAGUAUGGCUUUGUGAUGUGUUUACAUGCAUUCAGCAAUUUUACAGUCGCACUCCUCCUUGCCCAUGACACAAUAUUUUCAGAUGAGAGAAAUUAUUUUUUAAAUCCUGUUGUUUGCCCAUUGUCAAACGUAGUCCUCUGUGAUGCUUUCUUUGACCUUGCAGCAUUCUUUCUGUAGAAAAUAAGUUUUUAUAGGUGGAUGGGAAGUGGUUCAGCUGAAUCCACUGUAUAGUACAACACAGGAAAAGGUCUUUGUUGCUGUAGCCUGAUAAUCAUAUUUUGUCAGUGUUGUGACACAGUUGUUCUUUAGUGUAAUUACUGAUCAAACUGCCUGAAUCGUGAUUAAAGCAAGCAUCCAAAAUCAUGGUUUUAUUAUGUGUAAACUGUUCACAAA